GGAUUAGUAGUAUAACACAUCCACCAAAAUAAAGUUAAAUACAUAGACAUAGAUACAGAUACAAAAUGUCUGAAGUGAAGUUGUUUGGAGCUUGGUUUAGCCCUUUUGUGAAGAGAGUGGAAAUGUCCCUUAAUUUGAAGGGUGUGGAAUAUGAAUAUAUUGAAGUAGAUCUCAAAAACAAAUCACCUCUUUUUCUUGAAUAUAAUCCAAUUACCAAGCUAGUGCCUGUUUUAGUUCACAAUGGCAAACCCAUUUUUGAGUCCAGUGUGAUUCUUGAAUACAUCGAUGAGACGUGGGAAGGUCCUUCUAUCUUUCCCAAAGAUCCCUACGACCGUGCCAUGUCGCGUUUCUGGGCCAAGUUCAUCGAGGAUAAGUGCUCGGGUCCGUUGUGGAAAGCAUGUUGGAGUGCGGGAGAGGAGAGGGAGAAGGCAUCCAAGGAAGCGGAAGAAGGGCUCAAGAUUCUAGAGAAUGAAAUCAAGGACAAGAAAUUCUUCGGAGGCAACAACAUUGGACUGGUAGAUUUGGUUGCCAAUUUUAUUGCAUUUGGGAUUCCAAUUCUUCAAGAUGUGGUUGGAUUCCACAUUUUGACGCAAGAUAAAUUUCCUAAUAUAUGCAAAUGGGCUGAUGAGUUUUGCAAUGAUAGCUUUGUGAAGAAAAAUAUGCCUGAGAAGGAGAGAGUGAGAUUGUGGUUGAAGAGGGCUUUUGAGACUGGCAGUCUCUACUAAUUAAGAGCGACUUCAAUAUUCCAGCAUGUGUAUCGUUUAUUUAUAGUGUCGUGUUUUAAUUAUGGGUACGAUAAAUAGUUUCUUAUCUAUGUAUGCUUGUGUUCGAAUAAGACAUUGUGUGAUAUAUAUGUCAAAGAUUGGUGUAUUUGUUAGAGAGCA